AAAACAGAUAAGGUUCACUACUGAUCCAUAUCACAGAAGCAAGAAAUCCCAAAAUCUACAUCUUCAACAUACAAUUCCAAACACUUCCUUUCUUCAAUCAUUCUUGCCUUAAACAUUUUCAGAAACAUUCAAAACAGUAGAUCCUGAUAUAUAUAUAUAUGGCUCAUACUGUGGCUUCUAUAAUUGGUUCUUCUCAAGCUGUGAUUGAAAGCAGUCUCCAAAUCAGUGGCUCGAGCAUCCCCAAAACCAGUAGAAUUUCCAUGGCAGCUAGACCAUGUCUUAGUAUUAGAGCUCAGCAGGGAUCUGCUCAGGAGACUGAAACCAGUCGCAGAGCUAUUUUGGGUAUUGUUGCUGUAGGUUUAGUUUCUGGGUCAUUUGCUCAAUCAGCUUUUGCAGAAGCUAGAUCUAUCAAGAUUGGUGGUGCUCCUCCUCCCUCCGGUGGACUGCCUGGAACUUUGAACUCAGAUCAAGCAAGAGACCUGAAGUUACCAUUAAAAGAUAGAUUUUACCUUCAACCAUUAACACCAGAUCAGGCAGCCCAAAGAGCUAAGGAAUCAGCCAAAGACAUUAUUAAUGUCAAGGAAUUCAUUGACAAGAAGGCUUGGCCUUAUGUCCAGAAUGACCUUCGUCUCAAGGCCGAAUAUCUUCGGUAUGAUCUCAAAACUGUCAUAUCUGCUAAGCCAAAGGAAGAGAAGAAACAACUUCAGGAACUGUCAGGGAAGCUCUUCAUGGCCAUUAGCAACCUUGACUAUGCAGCAAAGACUAAGAACAGCGCGCAAGCCGAGAAGUGUUAUGCAGAAACUGUAUCUACUCUGAAUGAUGUUUUGGCCAAGCUUGGCUAGCUAGAAUGCAGUCUGUACCAUAUUUUAAAUAUCCAUAUAAGUUAAGAGAAUACUUGCUGAAUUCAAUUCUUAUGAGUGAUUUUGGAAUAUGUUCAAAACUAAAACAUUUCAGCAUUCACACAUUUAAGAGCCUCAACGUAAGUCCUGGUAUGGGACUAAUUUACUUA